AUCAUCGUCACAGCUCCAUCACGAGAGGACAUCUACGCCUCGCCGUCCAACAUCACCAUAGCUGAUGCCAUAAAGGAGCGGAGGCCUGGUUCUGCUCCAUUUAUAGUUGGGAAGAAAAUAACCGGACAGUAACUGCACCUGCUGCAUUAUGAGGUUUUCAAUUCAUUAUGGACUUUAGCUGCAGAAGCGUGACUGCGGGAAACGGCGUCAAACUCCGGAAAAGCUAUUUGUUGUCCACAAGGCGGCUUCAAAACAAACAUUAAUGGCGGCUAGCUGAAGGCUAGCUGAAGUCUAACAGAAGACCACUUCAACGUUUAUUUUCUCUUGUGAACUAUUAAACUAGCCGUAAAUAUACAAAACAUGGACAAUGUCGGAGAGGACGAACCGGACACCAUAAGGCUGAAAUCAAUUAAAGACAAUAAAACUUUCACAGUUCCUCAAAACGACAGGUUUGGAAGCUGCAGAAGCGUCAGAGAGUUUGAGAAACUCAACCGAAUAGGGGAAGGAACGUACGGCAUUGUGUACAGAGCCCGCGACACCAAGUCAGAUGAAAUUGUAGCACUGAAGAAAGUCCGAAUGGACAAAGAGAAAGAUGGGAUCCCCAUCAGCAGCCUCAGAGAGAUCACGUUGCUGCUGAGGCUGAGACAUCCCAACAUCGUGGAGCUGAAAGAGGUUGUUGUUGGCAGCCAUUUGGAAAGUUUGUUUCUGGUGAUGAGUUACUGUGAGCAGGAUCUCGCCAGUUUGCUUGAAAACAUGCAGACGCCGUUUUCAGAAGCUCAGGUCAAAUGUAUUGUCCUUCAGCUGCUCAGAGGCUUGGAGUAUCUGCACCACAACUUUAUUAUCCACAGGGACCUGAAGGUGUCUAAUCUGCUGAUGACGGACAAAGGCUGCGUGAAGAUCGCCGACUUUGGGUUGGCCCGGAUGUACGGCAUCCCUCAGCCCCCCAUGACCCCCCGAGUGGUCACACUGUGGUACCGAGCUCCAGAGCUCCUCCUGGGGACGAAGACUCAAACGACAGCUCUGGACAUGUGGGCUGUCGGCUGCAUCCUGGCCGAGCUGCUGGCCCAUAAACCUCUGCUUCCUGGAACCUCUGAGAUCCAGCAGGUGGACCUGAUCGUGCAGCUGCUGGGAACGCCCAGCGAGAACAUCUGGCCGGGUUUCUCUCAGCUCCCCCUCAUCGGUCAGUACAGCCUGAGGAAGCAGCCGUACAACAACCUGAAGACUAAGUUCAUCUGGCUGUCUGAUGCAGGGCACAGACUGCUCAACCUGCUCUUCAUGUACAACCCACAGCGCAGAGCGACUGCCAAGGAUUGUUUGGAGAGCUCGUACUUCAAAGAAAAACCUCUGCCGUGCGAACCGGAGCUGAUGCCGACGUUCCCCCACCAUCGAAACAAGCGAGCCGCUCCUCCGGCCGAGAGCCACUCCAAGAGGAGCAAAGUCUGACGACGGGGAGCGACACAGACAGCCCUCUGGAGGCGACAGCUCCUGCUCCUCAGGUUUCGGAGCAGAACUUUUGGGAGCAAAACCAAAACCGUCAGAUGAGAGUCAACAUCUGUGCAGCUGGAGUCAAAAACCGAAGCAACAUGUUGGACUUUUUACACAGAAGUAACGUAUCAUUUAAAAACAUUUUAAUUAUAAAUCCUACAGAUCUGAUUGUGCAUAUCAAACCAUUCCAUAUUAUUAAAAACAAACAUAAUUUUUAGAAAAUCAAACCUCAUUUAUUAAAGAUAUAGAAAUGUUUUACUGUUCUUAUGAACUGAAGUUUUUAGUUAUUUAAAGCUGACAGACACUGGAGAGAUGGUGCAGUGGGAAUUAUGACCAGAAGAGGUGAAGAUUUUACAACUUUCCUUCAAAAAGAUAAUUUUUCUCUGAUCUUGUUUUGAGAAAGGAAGAAGGAUCAGAUUUCUCUGCUGGAAAUCAAAAUAAAGA